UCCAGUACUGGAAGGGAGUUACAGUGUGGAAACACAGACCUGGAUGAAUAAUUAGGCCUGGAUCUUCUGUAAUAAACUACUCCGCGAAAGUCACAGCAGAAAUGGCAGAAUUUCUGCAGAAGUUGCGGCAGAAGGUGAGAGUUGGAGUAGUAGGUGGUUCAGACUUUGAAAAAAUUAAAGAACAGCUGGGAGAUGAUGUGGUUGAAAAGUUUGACUACGUCUUCCCAGAAAAUGGUCUUGUAGCAUACAAAGAUGGGAAACUGUUGUGCAAGCAGAGCAUUCAGAAUCAUAUGGGUGAGGACAUACUCCAAGAACUAAUCAACUAUUGUCUUAGUUACAUUGCAAAGAUUAAACUACCAAAGAAAAGGGGUACUUUUAUUGAGUUCCGAAAUGGGAUGCUAAACGUAUCCCCUAUUGGGAGAAGCUGCAGCCAGGAAGAGCGAAUUGAGUUCUAUGAACUUGAUAAAAAAGAACAUAUAAGAGAGAAAUUUGUAGCUGAUUUACAAAGAGACUUUGCAGGGAAAGGUCUCACAUUUUCCAUAGGGGGCCAGAUAAGCUUUGAUGUAUUCCCAGAUGGUUGGGAUAAGAGGUACUGUUUAGGGAUUGUAGCCAACGAUGGAUACGGGACCAUUUAUUUUUUUGGUGAUAAAACUAUGCCAGGUGGAAAUGACUAUGAAAUAUACACAGACCCCAGAACAGUAGGCCACAGUGUUACAUCACCAGAUGAAACACAAAGGAUCUGUGAAGAGCUGUUUUUUUCUAAAUGACUGUUGCAUUUGGAUUUUACAUCGAGCCCUCGCUUGAAAAGCCAAGAACUGCUACUAAUCACCUGGAAAAUGAAACUGUAUCAUUCCAUUGUUCAUCUUUCAUUAUCACUGUUAAAUUACAGGUACCUGGCUACUCUCAGUCAACCUGAAAGGAAAAUUGCUCUGAACACAGCCAGCAGAUACUUGAUGAUUUAUAUAUUCGAGCCUCUUUCAGUGUCUUAUCUAAAUGGAACAUGUAGGUUCACCUUUCUUUUUCUCUAUGAAGUGGUACUUCAGGGAACACAAAACCUAAUGACUAGGUGUUUCUAGAUCAGAUUAACCUUGCACACUGCUGCUACCUGACAUUCAGAUUGUGCAUUUUACUUUCCUUUUUCCAGAUCAUGAUUUGAUUCCUACUAGUGUUUCCUUUUGACAUAAAUUAACUGGAUUCUGAAAUAAGGGAAAAAUUGUACCAUUUAAAUUACAAGAUGCCACAGCCGAGAGAGAUGUAUUAUCUGGCUCAUGGGUUGGAUGGUGCUCUGGCUGGCUGACUCAGCUCUGGGUCUGGCUUGCGAGGCAUCUCGCCACAGUUUCAGAGCCCCUAUACCACUGCAGCUAGCACCCAGGAGGCUAACACCAUCCUCCGCAGAACAUUGUUUUCUGUCGCUCCUCAGCAUGCAAAUUGGCAGCGUGGCAGUGAGCACUGCUGGUAACUCCUGUGCACUGCAUGUGCUGGAACAGCAGCUCUGGCAGCUGCAAUGAGAAGCCCCUCAGGCUGGAUCCAGAAGUUGGUUGCCAGCCCAUGAGAAGUCUGCAUCAGGGCUGCCAACUCUCUUAAAUUUGGCACCACUGUGUUAGAUGGUCUUGACAGGAUGAUGUGCUUUAGAAACCCAAGUAAGAGAAAAUGGAGAAAUGUCAUCUUCAGAGACAGUUACAAGUUUUCCCACCAAAUAAAUUAUUUUAAAUAUUACCCAUGGGGACAAGUUGGCAAUUUAGAAAUAUGCAUUUUAAAGAGUAUUGGGUCUCAAAUGUGAAUAGUAUUAAUGUUUGAAAACACUGACAUCAACAAUCAUUUUGAGGAGCCCACAUCAUAUUUCAGAGUUGACCUGAAAUAUUUACCUGAAUACAAGAUGACACCCCUAAUUAAUUCUAUAUAUGGAAAAUUUAAAAACUUACUAUAACUUUCUCUGUAUGGAAUCUACUUCUUGGAGGAUCAUCUUAAAUUCUUCAGGCAGUGGGAGGAGAGGUGCUGAGGGGUUAGUAAUGGGGCAGGUGUGGGGGGGGGGUGGUAGGGCAGGCAAUGGAGGGAGCAGUGUGAAGAUAGGCAGUAGGGGGUCAGUGGGGCAGGCAGCAAGGCAGGCAGCUUGCCCCCGCCAUUCCUCUAUGCCACCUGUGCCCCACCGCAGCCUCUGGUCCCUGGGCUCCCUUCUUCCUGCCUCUACAUGUCCCCCUUCCCCCCCCUUACCUUUGCUAUGCCUCAACAGGCUUCAUCCCUGCUGGAGCCUGGGGCACACAGCAUGGCUGGCACUGCUACUGUGUUUUCUGUGCUUCAAGCUGCAGUGAGGAUAGAGCCUGCUGGUACGGAGGAAAAGGAAGGAGCAGAGGGAGAAUAGCAGUGUAGGGGGAAGACUGGAGGCUGUGGGGAAGGAGUGGCAGGGUAUGCAGAAACAGCAGGGGCUAAAUGGCAACUCUAGCUCCCACCCAAACCCCAGGUUGGGGACAGAGUCACAGCAGCUGCCUGUCCUGUGCCACCUAGUACUUGACUGUAAGGCAAGGGGCUUUCCCAUGUAAAAUGGGGGAGAACCUUGUCUUCAAGUUCAGUAAAUAUGGUAGGUGAUACCUAUUUUUGCUUCUUUGUAUGGCUUGGGAUAAUCAGGGUUUGUUUGUUUUGUUGCCCUCUACCCAAUGGUUUAAAAAAGUAAAAAGCUUCUCUUUCUUUUACCUAGAAGAUGAAUAUGAACAGGGAAGCCAAAAUUCUGAUUAAAGAUCUCUUCUCUUAAUUCAA